CGUUCCAUUCCAAACUUCUUUAAGCUGUUGAUAAUGCUCAUGUCGUUUUGCAAGUAAUCACCUCUCGUAGUCUGGAAGAUGUUUAUCCCUUUGCACAAGGAAGAAAAAAAAGGUGUAGCCGUGUUGUUGCUAGGACAUUUGAUGUGCCUGUGCAAAAUUGCUUGUUAGGUGGCCGCCACGCUCUAGCAAUAAUUAGCAUGCAGCUCACAUAUCUUUCAUUGAGGACACAUUGAAAAUUUGAAGCCGGCAGGAUACAGUAAACCCUCAACUGCUCGGAAGAAAUGCAAGGGGGUCUGGCAGGAAAAGCUAUGAAUUCAGGAGAUGGCAUAGCUUCCGACUUGUUUGUAAAGAACUCACUGGUGCAUUUUGUUCAGCAAGAAACGAACGAAGGCGCAAUUGACAUGAUUGACGAUAUACUGCUGGCGUAUGUGGUCGGCAUACUUCAAACUGAAAGCACAGAAGAGGGAUUUGACGUGCUCGAGUUCAAAGAAAUGCUGUCUGCUUAUAUUCCUGGUUUUGAUAGCAUAUCCGACGCGAAAGUGUCAGCAUGGGUCCGAUUGCUGUCUAAAGAAGUGUUGACACAGUGCAAGGGCAAGUGCCCAGUAGACAAUUCAGCGUCCCAAGGCUCUCACGUUCCACCCAAGUCUCCCGUUGAACCAAAGCCACCCAAAGCCCUGUCGAGAUCGCGGAAUACAAGUCAGUCUGAAGAGGAGCCAAAGAAGCCCAAUCGAAUUGCUGUAUGCGAUGAAUCAUCUCUCGCUGAUGAAAGAACAAUCCGAGUAUUGUGCGAGAUGUUCCCACACCUGUGCAGCACAGAGGUGCGCAGGUGUCUCAUUGUGGCCGGAGGGGAUUCCGAAGCGGCAACGCAGAUAUUACUGCAGCGGGAAAGCCUCGGCCCAACACCAUCCGUUCCCCACGUGCCACGUCGUGACAACGGCAACGCUCUCGGAGAGAAGGAGCUACGUGCCCAGAUCCUCACUAGGUAUGGAUACAUUGAUCAGGAUGAAGAUGGUAAAGAACACCGUCCUGUUGCCCCCAAAACAGAACCUAAAAAGUUGAUCCGUUACCGCGACAACAAGAUUGUCAGCGUAAAAGGAGAGAAGUAUUCAGAGGUGAAAAGCGAAGAGAGUGACGACAUGAAGAGGACGUACGUCACUCUAAAGCCAGCGAGGCAAUGACGCACCUGCCAAGGCACAGGGAAGGCCCUUUCAGACACAUCUAGGACACAAAUAGGAUGGAAUCUCAGGUCACAUCUCUUUCUCAGUAUCCGUCAUGUGCAUUAUAUCUGCAAAUAUUGGUCAGCCUUGUUCGAAAUUGCUUCUGAAGUGGCAGCGCAUUUAGUAUUUCAUCUCGUUUUGCACAAGCAUUUAUUCUCGGCUUGAUGUGGAUGUAUCGAUGUUGCCCAUUCAUUUUAUACAUAGUCGUGCUAAUCUCAUUUUGAAAGACGAAAUACAGUCAAACUCCUUUAUAGCGAACACCUUUUUAACGAAAAUACCACUACAACAAAUUUUUUUUGCGGUCCCGCUGGUGCCUAUAGGUCCAAUAAUGGACAUCGUUUUUAACGAAAAUACCUUUACUGCGAAUUUUUUUUGCUGUCCCCUGAGCUUCGUUGUAAAGGAGUUUGACUGUAUUGCGCAUUACUUCAGGAUUUCUGAUACAUUGGCAUCUAAUGCACAUCGGUACGUGCAAGCACAUAUACCAGACCUCAUGGGGGUUCUACGAAGUAAGCCGCACUUACCUCCACUCUCAUCAGUUUUGCAAUGCAGCCCCUGAAAGGUUGCACCACUUUUUUUCCGCCAAAAACAAACAAAAAGAAAACAUGGGGUGCAAACUUACAAUGCACCAUUUUAGCAUUUCUGUGAGGUGAUGACAGUAAAUUUCAUUACUACAGUGUUGCUGAGUAGGUUAAACAUUUGGAUACUCAACACAAAUGUAUGGAAACACUUAAAAAGUGUGAUAUUUGCAGGUAAAUCAGAAUCUGGAGACUGUACGCUUGUGCUGAAAGCAAAAGGGGGCAGAACUCUCGAACAGAUCGUGUGUCACUGGUACACCGUGUGUUAUAACUAUUUGUUUUAAUUUACCUAUGUACAGAUUGUGCGCACAGGAUUUUAACAUGCAUGUUGACGUAGCCCGUUCUCUGUCAAUUGUUAUUACCCAUUUUUGGAGACCUACAGUUCUUUUUAAAAAAAUUGAGAGAUGGUAGCAAUAUGUUGACAAUUUGCAACGUAUUCUGCUUUCUUCUGAAAUUCGCUGGAAAGUCACUAAAGUGCCCCUCCCUAAGAGAACAACCUUCUACUUAACUCCAUCAGCAUGCUUGUACCCUUGUUACCUGCAUGAAUCAUUCCAUAGUUUUUAUUUUUCCUAACUGUCCAGUUGUUUCUGUGAGGCAAGGUCAGGAAUUCCCACUCCGAAGCUUUGUUCUUUGUUAAGGGCAUUAUCAGUGUGCAGUUUUAUUGCAUUUUGUGUAUUGUUCAACCUUGUCCAAGUGGCAUCACUUUUGGUGCAGUAGUACAAAACCGCUGCCUGUCCCGUCAAACAAGCAAUACGUCUAUUUGCUGUUCUAUGGGCUUGUCAGCGCUAGGCUGCAACCUAGGGCAGCAAGACUUCAGGAUGCUAUGAAUUUUCCAGUGCGGGAAAAGUUUGACCAACCUGGUAGAGCUUGGCAUGCUCUAUUUUCUGUGGUACACUGCACUGAAUUGCUCUAGGGCGAGGGUGCGUCAGAUCAGUAGACCCUUUGCAGACUAGAAGCAGCAGGCUCUUGAUUUAAUCCUAUAUGAAGCUUAAGCUCCUACAAGUUUUGUUCUGCAUAACAUGCAACAUUUGUUGAAGCACUGUAAAGGGUUAUCUGUACCUCCUCCUUUGUCAGCUGCAGGCAGCUGUUUUGUAAAAGAAAAAAAAAACAGGAAGUGUGGCAGAUUUUUGCUGCUGAGAACGGGUGCAUAUGCUUCCCAACGAUGACAAAGUCACAUAUUUUAUCGCUUUUUUCUGUUGUUAGGUUAGGUUUGCAAGUUUCUGUUAAGUUAGUGGUAGUACUACAGCAGUGCUUCUCGACUAGGGUCCAGCAAGAUACAGUUUUCCCAAAAGCAGCCUGAUAUCAGGCCAGCGUGUAGAUGAAUGUGUGUUUCUUUUUGUUUUUUUUUACUGAUAUGCUUCAACGUGCAUCAUCAUUUUGUGAUAUUGGUAAGCGCACAGAAGACAAACAAGCAAUGGGGUUUUUAAUAGCGCUGGCAGAUUGCUAGCCACUGUGAGUGAUAAAGAAAGGCAAACACAUCUGGAAAAUAGAGGUCAGAAUCAUGUGGCAGGGUUUGGGGGGGGGGGGGGGGGGGGGCACGUGCUCCCCAGAUGCUUUUAUACAGGGACGAUACUACUGCUAUUCAAAAUUUGCCCAAAAGGUCCUAACGUAGCCAGAACUCACAGUAAAGUAACGUGAAGGACCACUGCUGCGCGAUGAUUGUAAACAAAAACGUGAAGCAAAGGGCUGCACUGUGCAUCUCUUGUCUGAUAAACGAACAAAGACAACUUGGUUUUACAGCUCAAAAUGCAUGUUGUACAGCAGCCUGAUAGAGGUGUGGAGUGCUAGCCUUUAUCUUCCAUCAUUGACAGGGGACCUAUCCUCUAACUUCAACAACAAGUCAACUUGACUCAUGGCAGGACUUUCUGUAUGCUGACAAACACUUCGGAAUUUGCCGUCAUCCUAUCAUGUGUAGUGUUAUGGUUUGCAUUGGGCAGUUUUUAUCAGAUCUCUUCCGACUGGCGCACAUGUUGUUACUGUGAUGUACCCUGGAGCAUGCUACAUCCAGCUCAUUUCUGUAGUUCACAUAACACGCUGUACAGCUUCUUCACAGUUGGCAACCACGUGCCACGGGUGGCUCAUUUGCAUAUUCUGCCCCACCAACCUGCCACGGAAUGUUUGUCAGUGGCAGGUGGUUAUGGAGUGGGUGCGAUCUACUGGGUUAUAACGACCAUGUCAUAGGCACCCCCUUCCCAGAGCCGCAUUUGGAAGCUAGCGGUGGUGCUACUCAUCGGUCUGGUUAAUUGCUUCCUCAAUUUCUGCAAUACUUUGUUCUUCAGCUUACUUUAGCAUUUUUGUACAAGCGGCAGAUGUUCCACAGGCGAUGUUUCUUUCUAAAGUUGAUUAUCACCAUCCUUCUACGUGUUUUCAUAGGAGUCGUUGCUGUCGUCUGCUACGGUAGUCGUACGUCUGCUUCUGCGCGUUCAAAAUUCAAAUUUCCAUUGUCCAAUCAUGACGUAGAUCUCACGGGCCGACGAGUAGCAGAUCGUGCGGACGGGUUCCCGAUAGGGGGUCGCCGAUUAUGACAUGGUCGUUAUAAUCUAGUAGGUAGCGGGAGUGGGUACCCAUUAGUGAAUCUGGAGUGUACACCCGCUGAUUCGUACUAGUUCUGUGUGCGAGACGUGUCGCGGAAUAAUGAACAAGGUGCAAACCAAAGGUGUGAAAGUAGUGUACCAUACAUGUACGGACAGUACGGCACAAGGAACACUUUCGUAUGUACCAGCCUACAACUGUGCUGACUGUCCGAGCAGACAUUUUCUUUGUCAUACGUAAUUGUUGACGGCGUAUGUGAAGGCACAAUGUCAGCAGGGUAGCCUCGAGAAAAGUCACAGUACCUCUCACCAUGACUUAAGGUGCAUACUGCAGUGCUUUGGAUUCUGUUGGGCAUUGUUUGAUGAUUGUUUCCUAGCGCACCUAAAUUUGGUAGCUGUAGCACGUUCUUCAUGCAGAGUUUGUGAUGUCCUGUAUAGUUCUAGAAUGGUUGUUGGUGUGGUCAGCUGUUUCUUUGUAAAAUAUUCUGUAGGUCCAUGUUUUAUUGUGUGAUGUAGGUGUCCUCUAAUCAUCUAUGUUACAAAAAGAAAAAGAAAGAGAAAAGCAGCUCGAACGGGAGUUGAGAUUGAAGACGUUUUUUCUGAAACUGCAUCCUGAAGUGCAUUCUCUUGAAGGCUCGAUGGGUGUUUAUAUUUUCUGACGAAGUGUACAUAUUUAUAUGUUAUUUAGUAAUAAAGCGGCAAAAAAUAGC